UGGCAUACAUCCUUGUUGUGGAAAAAAAAACUACCGGCACCUCCCUUUGAGAUAACUUUUCUCACUUUGGGAUUUGGGAGCACCGACAGAGGUUCUCAACAGCCAUUCCAACAUGACGGAGUCAGCUGAAGCUGUCGCAGCCGAUGUGGCAAGCAGGAGAAGUGUUACCAUUGAAAUCUCAAAUAUCACAAACAACUAUUGCCUCAUCGAACCAAGGGUGUACCUGGACAAUGGGCAGACAUUUAACCCACCUCAACCUACAGUGCGUCCUCUAAAGACAGAGGUCUGCACUUUCACCAAGUCCAGUGGAAAAGCAACCGGAAGCAUUGGUGUACUGACCUACGAUCUCUUCGAGCGGUCACGCAACGACUACAUUGAGACUCUGGCCAUCAUGUUCUCAGUUCCCUGGGACUACAAUCUGUACAAGAACUGGUUUGCAGUGGGUAUCUAUAAAAAAGGUCGUAACUGUGAUAAGGAUUUGUUUAAAGAAAUGUACUACGAGAAGAAUCAGCAAGAGCAUGGGUUUGUCAGGGAGGAAGCCAAUGGGUCAGGAAUCACUUACGCGGGCAACUACCUAGAUAUCAAGGCCACCAUGUGUCCAAUGGGAAAAGCCAUCAUGAAGGUGGAGGUGUGGGAUAAGCUUUUCACACAUUGAGCCAGCAGGCGCACUAGAGACCCGUCCUAACUAGUAUUUCUGUCAUGGGUCCCUGCAGCAGAAUUCAUCCCUCCAUUUCAAGCUUUUACCUGGCAGAUUGUUUCUUAUACAGCCAACACGCACGAUUUAACAGAUGUAUUGUUGCUGACAUGUGUCUGUAUACCUGGGUAUUACCCUUCAGUAAAUCUGCUUAAGUUUAGAGUUUAGUUUGUUUAUAAAUCCAGGCAUAAAUAUCCCCCAUUUGUAGCUGAAGCUUCUGUCUGUUUCAAUAGCAUCCCAUUUUAAAAUGGCACCUUUAGAAAUGAAAAUCAAAAGAUGACUCACCAGAGGACGAGGGCACAUAGCUUAAUAAAACACAUUGAGAGCUUCUCUGUAUUUACCUUGACACUGUAGUCUGAUGAAUAAAAUAAAUCUUUUUGCUGGA